AUGGCCGACCAGGAAGAGGACUUUAGUUCCCUUCCGCUUCCCGAUCGCUUCAUUCACAAGAACUGGAAAGUCAGGAAAGAGGGCUACGAAGCCGCCGCCAAAGAGUUCGACAUCGCCCCCAGCGAAGCAGACCCCGUGGUGCGCCAGUUCAUACAAGACGCGAAUAUCUGGAAAGGAGUGGUGGGCGACUCCAACGUGGCAGCACAGCAAGAAGGCCUCGGUGCGCUAUGCUCAUUUCUUCAGAUUGCAGGAACAUCGGGUUGCACGCGGACGCGGAAUAUCACGAUAACCACCAUCGCCGAGAAGGGCCUUCCAUCGACGAGGCCCGCAGCGAAGCAAAAAUCACUCGAAGCCCUGCUCCUGUACGUUGAGCUCGAUAAGGCGGACCCUGUUAUCGAAGAACUCAUUCCACUACUUUCACACAAACAACCCAAAAUCAUCGCCGCAACCCUCGAUGCCCUAGCGCAGAUAUAUCACGUCUAUGGCUGCAAGACGGUGGAGCCCAAGCCCGUCCUCAAGGUGCUUCCCAAAGUUUUCGGUCACGCUGACAAGAAUGUCCGUGCCAAGGCCCAGGAGUUAACCGUCGAAUUCUACCGAUGGCUCAAGGAGGGUAUGAAACCCCUGUUUUGGAACGAUCUCAAGCCCGUCCAGCAGCAAGACUUGGACAAGCUAUUCGAAAAGGUGAAAAAUGACCCCCCUCCAAAACAGGAACGUCUUCUCCGCUCACAGCAAGCCGUGAAAGAGUCGGCUGCUGCGGUUGGCGGCGAUGACGAUGUUGCCGAAGAAGAAGAAGAAGACGUCGUCAUUGAUCUCGAACCAGAAUACGAGGCUGUGGAUGUUUUGUCCAAGAUUCCGAAGGACUAUACCGAACGGCUCGCUUCUUCCAAAUGGAAAGAUCGAAAAGAGGCUCUUGAUGAGGUGCAUAAAGCACUGGAUUAUCCCAAAAUUGCCGAAGGCCACUUUGACGAGCUGGUCCGAGGAUUCGCCAAAUGCAUGAAGGACGCCAACAUUGCCGUCGUGUCAACUGCAGCAAAUUGUGUUGAGCUGUUAGCAAAGGGCUUGCGUAGGAGCUUUGCCAAGUACCGCUCCAUUAUCAUGAACCCAAUGAUGGAGCGGCUGAAAGAGAAGAAACAGGCAGUGACGGACGCGAUAGGGGGAGCCUUAGACGCAGUUUUUGCCUCAACCAGUUUCCAGGACUGUCUUGAGGAAAUUCUCGAAUUUUUGAAGCACAAAAACCCGCAGGUUAAACUCGAGUCAACGCGGUUCCUCAUCCGAUGCCUCAAGACAACACGAGACGCACCCUCGCCUGCCGAGGUCAAAGCAAUCGCAGACGCAGCAACAAAGCUACUGACAGAAUCACAAGAGGUGCAAAGGUCUGCCGGCGCAGAAGUAUUGGGAACACUUUGGAAGAUUAUGGGCGACCGUAUCAUGAAUGCACAUCUCGAUGGUUUGGACGAAAUCCGCAAGACUAAGAUCAAGGAGUACUACGAUUCUGCAGAAGUCAGAGCGAAAUACAAGCCCAAACCCGUGGCACCCCCCAAAGCUGCAGCUCCUCCAGCAGGGAAGCGGCCCAUGCCAGGGAAACGGCCUCCUCCUGGUGGUGUCAAGAGGCCGACUCCUCCAGCCGCAGCCCCUCCACCGCCCCAAGAGGAGCCAACCGCCCCCUUGGCACCCAAGCCCACAUCUCGGCCAGGAGCCUCGAAACUAGCUGCUCCGAAGUCGGGUUUGGCUGCCCCUUCGCGAUUAGGGGGCUUGAAGAAGCCUGGAUCUGGCAUGGCGGCUGCCUCACCUCGGCGGCCUGUUGUAUCACCUCCCCUCGAAGAAGCACCCCCACCACCCCAACCUCGACUUGGCCUGGCACCCGGACGAGGGCUUGCUGGACGACCACUUGGAAAACUUCACGCGGAGCCCUCACAGGCUCCAAUGGCCGUAGCACCAGUAAACGAUGGGCUUGGCAUAGUGGAGAAAGCCGAGUUGGCAGAUCUUCGCUCUGAAGUAGAGCAAUUACGACGGCACAACGAGGAAAUUCGUGCAGAAAGAACGAAACUCACCUCGCAAAUACAUGAACUUCAGAACCAGAACGCUCAGCUAAUCGAAGACCAUACCCGCGACGUCCUAUCGAUCAAAGCUAAAGAAACACAGCUCGUCCGCGCACGGAGCGAUAACGAGGCUGCAGAGCAAACUGUUCUCAACCAACGACGGGAAAUCGACCGUCUCAAGCGGGAGCUUAGCCGCCAAGUACGCGCAACGAGCCCCGCGCCUCUCGAUGUGUCAGAUCAAAUCUACGCUGAUACCAACGCCAACGGAGGAGCACGAUUUGUAGAUUCGGGAUAUGGCAGUACGGGACUGUAUGGCGGGCGUAACAGGGGAUUCGGAGCACAGCCCACAAGCCCAGUCGGCGAAGGUAAGGAGAACAUGAUUGAUGGUUCUCUUUCCCGUCCUGGCAGUACUUUGAGUGGGAAGCUAAGUCCUUUGCGCGCGGGUACAGGGUCUACGAAAUCGUCAUUAUCCUCUCGAGGCGGUAGAAUGAGCCCACCGGCGAGUACGGGCGGCGGGCAGGCAAACACGGGUGCUGAGAGCUGGAAACGCGCAGCUGAGGUGACGCAGAAUUUGAAACAGAGGAUUGAAAUGAUGAAGGCGAAACAAGGCAUCGGGAGGCCACAGCAAUAG